UCAGUCUAUAUUUUUACACCCGAGACCAUAGUGAAAAAGCUACUUCUUUGCUUAAACAUGGGGAGGUAUCAUAGCACAGAAAUGAUAUCUUUCCUAGUUCUUCUCUAUCUAUGCAUAUCAAACACGAGUGGUACUACUUUCGGUUGCAUAGAAAGAGAGAGACAAGCUCUUCUACACUUGAAACACAGCUUUCAAGAUAUUUCUCACAAGUUGUCUUCAUGGGAAGGUGAAGAUUGCUGCCAAUGGAAAGGAGUAGGCUGCAAUGAAGGCACAGGUCAUGUUGUCAAGCUUGAUCUCAGAUCUUCAAUAUAUUACGAUUAUUUUACAAAUUACUCAACAUCCCAACUGCCUGACUUACAAGCCCGUGAGGUCAGCUCCUGUUUGUUGGAGCUACAACAUCUCAACUACUUGGACCUCAGCGGAAACAACUUCAGUUCUAGCAAGAUUCCCAACUUCUUUGGCUCAAUGAAGAAUCUGAAGUAUCUAAAUCUGUCUUAUGCAAACUUUGGUGGAAGGAUUUCUCUUCAUUUUGGAAAUCUAACUAUCUUGCAAGUUCUUGAUCUUCAAGGUCUUUCAAGUGUUAGCACUCAUACUUUCCAGUGGGCUUCAAAUCUUUUGUCUCUCCAAUACCUGGAUAUGAAUCAUGUAAAUUGCCGGAAAGCAUCAGAUUUUAUGCAGGUACUUACUAAGCUCCCUUCUCUGUCACAUAUAAGUUUAUCUUCGUGUGAUUUAGAUAUGGUCAAAUUUGCUUAUGAUCCGAUUAAUUCCACUUUCUCUGCUCAAGUUCGAUACCUAGACCUUUCCAUGAAUACUCAUCAAAGAUCAAUUCUUCAUGAUCUCCAAAACAUGACCUCUCUUGAAGUACUUGAUCUUUCAUCCACCUUCUAUUCUAGUAGUUCAAAAAUUCCAUCCUGGCUAGGUGAUUUUAAGAGCCUUGUUUACCUUAACCUUGCAUCUAAUAACUAUGACACCUUUGAAGAAGGUGGCUUGUUGUACAUAAUAAACAAUGCAUGUUCCUUGAAGUUAUUAGAUUUGUCAUUCAACUCAAUUGGGCAUGUGUUAGAGCCUCAUCCAAAUUCAACCCAAUGUGUCAAAUAUAAUCUAGAGUUAUUAAAUUUGAGUGGUAACCAAGUGAGUGGUCCUUUGCCAGAUUGGUUGGAGCAACUAGAAUCUUUGAAGAACCUUGACCUUUCUGGAAAUUUAUUUCAUGGUCCAAUGCCAUCAUCACUUGUGAGAUUAUCCUUUUUGGAAGUACUAGAUCGUAUUGUAUCUGAGGAUCUCUUUGCUAACCUUACGAGGUUGAAAAAGUUGGUCAUUAAUUCCAACAAUUUCUCAUGCAAAUUUAAUUCAGAAUGGAUCCCUCCUUUUAGUCUCAACCUCAUUCACAUGGGUUCUUGCAAAGUUGAAGGGCCUCAUGAGUUCCCUCAAUGGCUUCAAACACAACGGGAAGCCACUGAAUUGAAUAUCUCAAAUGCUAAUAUUGUUGAUACAUUUCCAAAUUGGCAUCACAUCAUGUCAAGUCUCUCCUCUUUGGAUCUCUCUAUGAACAAAAUUAGCGGACACCUUCCAAUGAAUAUCGAUUACACUAUGCCUUCUUUGGAGUCGCUAAAUCUUGGCAACAACCUGAUAAAUGGUUCAAUUCCAGACUCAAUAUGCGAACUAGAAUCCUUGCAGAAUCUAGAUCUUUCAAGAAACAAGCUUUCUGGGAUAUUGCCUCAUUGGAGAGAGAGUCAAGAAGUGAUUGUUAUCAAUCUAUCGUAUAACAACUUGUCAGGGACUAUUCCAAGCUCGAUCGGGAAUCUAUCAUAUCUGAAAUGGUUGCAUCUAAAUAAUAACAAUCUCAGUGGGGAACUUCCUUUGGCCUUGACGAAUUGCUCUGACUUGUUGCUUUUUGAUGUUGGCUACGAAAGAAUAUGUUUAGUGGAAGUAUCCCUUUCAACUUUUGCAAUGAAAAUUUUAGAUCUUGCAGGUAACAAUUUGAGUGGGAAAAUUCCACGUUGCUUUGGCAAUCUUAGUGGAAUGACUGUAGGAGAAGAUGUAAUUGUAGCUUAUGAAAUAGAAUGGGAUACAGAGAAGGUUUCACAGGUGAUGAAAGGAAGAGACUUAGAGUAUACAAAAAUACUGCUACUUCUUGAUAAUUUGGACCUCUCAAGCAAUAAGCUAGUUGGGGUCAUUCCAGAAGAGCUAUGUAUGCUCUCUGCAUUGCGUGGUUUGAACUUAUCCCAUAAUCAUCUGUCUGGCAAUAUACCGAACAGGAUUGGAGAAUUGAAGUCAUUGGAGUCUCUUGACCUUUCAAACAACAAACUUUUUGGUGCAAUUCCACAAAGUAUGUCCAAUUUGAUGUCACUAAACAAGCUAGGCUUGGCUCACAACAAUUUCUCAGGCAAAAUUCCAACAGGAGAUCAACUUCAAACGAUGGAUGAUCCAGAGAUAUAUGUCGGCAACGAUCAACUAUGUGGACUCCCAUUGCCAAAGAAAUGUCCUGGUGAUGAUGAUCGAAGAAAAACUGUGCCAAUGAGCAAUGGCCAUGAAGAUGACGACUACAAAGAAAGUAGGUCAGAAAGGAUAUGGUUUUACUUUGUGGUAACACUUGGAUAUGCAGUCGGAUUAUGGGGAGUAAUUGGGAGUUUGGUUUUCAAGAGAAAGUGGAGGCAUGCUUGUUUUCGGUUUACCGAAAACACCAAGGAUUGGAUUGUUGUGACAAUACAAGUGAAUAUAGGGAGAUUUAAGAAGAGCAUCAUGAAGUGGACCAAACAAUUGGUGUAAUUGUUUUUGUGUGUUUCCUUUGUUAUUGUUGUGUGGGUUUUGUUUUUUCUUUUUCUUCUUGUUAACAUUGUAUUUCUUCCAUUGUAAGUGAGGUUUUUCAAUAAAUUUGGGAAGUUACAUUGUUCUGCAA